CGGGUCCGAGUGCAAACUGCGAACUCUCUCAAUGAACUAGAACAACAACGUCUGAAUAUCAUUGUUUAAUACUUGUGUUUAUUCCGCUGUGCCAUAAUUCUUGAGAUUAGCCUCUCUCCUGUAAAAGAAAAAUUGUUUGAACUGACGUUGUGGGACGGCUGCGUCGUUUGAAUGGCAUAUGAUGGUCAGUCUCGCGAGUUGCCAAUAGCGACGGUAUAGUUUACUUCUCAACACGUCGGUCUGUUUCCAAGGCUAAAUCGAAAAUCUAUGACCACCAAUACCAACUUGCCAGACUAAGUUUGCAGUUUUGAGGUCAAGUUUAUUUGCUGCCACAGGUCUGUUCUCUGUUGUCAAAUAUGGCAUGGGAACCUAAACGCGGUCGGCUACUGUGUAUGCUCUCGUUAACUUUUGGAUUUUUUAUUGUGGAAGUUGUGGUCAGUCGAAUGACCGCUUCUCUUGCCAUGCUUUCGGACUCGUUUCACAUGCUCUCAGAUGUGAUAGCUUUAGCUGUGGCCCUGGUUGCCAUGCGCUUCGCAGAAAUGACACGGUCCACUGAAACGAACACUUUCGGCUGGAUCAGGGCUGAAGUGAUGGGAGCUUUGGUUAAUGCGGUGUUCCUGACAGCUUUGUGUUUUACUAUCCUACUGGAGGCCGUGGAGCGCUACACGGUCCCUCAUGAAAUCGAGAAUCCCCGGGCUGUUAUUUGGGUCGGUGCCGCUGGGCUUCUUGUCAACCUAUUGGGUCUUUUUCUGUUUCACGAACACGCUGGACAUGGACACUCUCACUCUCAUUCUCAUUCUCACGGGACCACGACGAAGAAAGCAUCAGAGAAAUCCAGUCACACAAAAUCUCGGCUGGAUGGGUCAUCAGAAGACCUGUCCUGUAACUUAAUGCUGAACCCAGGCAGCCAGGAGAAAAGUGAUGAGGUGGUCUGCAGUGAGGAAGUAGAGGUGCAUCUAAAUGGUGGAGUGCAUCUGGAGGAGCUUGAGACCAUCCAGGGCUCUGACUCUCAGCUCAACAUGCGCGGUGUCUACCUUCAUGUGCUUGGCGAUGCUCUGGGCUCUGUCAUUGUGGUGGUAAAUGCCCUCAUCUUCAACUAUGUUUGGCAGCCAUGUCCUCCAGAGGGACUGUGCAAUAACCCCUGCUUCAGCCAGCACUGCCCUCAUCAGGUUCCCCUUAAUGGGACCUCUGUCUCAGAUAUGCCCUCUGCUGGACCCUGCUGGGUGCUGUACCUUGACCCCACCCUGUGUAUGCUGAUGGUGUGCAUCCUGCUGUACACCACCUUUCCGCUGCUUCAGGAGUCUGCACUCAUUCUGCUGCAGACAGUGCCUAAACAGGUGGACGUGCGACGGCUGCGCAUGCGCCUGCGGAGCCUGGACGGUGUCCUGGCUGUGCAUGAACUGCAUGUCUGGCAGUUGGCCGGCAGCCGCAUCAUUGCCACAGCUCACAUCAAGUGCCACAACCCCGAUGCAUACAUGGACAUCGCCAAGCGCAUCAAAGAUAUGUUCCAUGACGAGGGCAUCCAUGCCACCACAAUCCAGCCUGAGUUUGGGGGUGACACUGUAGCAGAAUCCAGUGGCGCUAUGUGUGAGCUUCCAUGCCGGGUCCAGUGCGCCCCGAAGCAGUGCUGUGGGGCUGGAGCCAUUGCUGCAUCUGUGGGAACCACCAGUUGCAGAGAGACCACAGAUCCACAAGUUCAGUAUCAGUCCCCCACUGGGACAGAAGUGAUCUACACAGAGGGGCAGGGGGCAGAGGUGAGGUUGCAGAGGGACACAGAGUCUGCUGUGUAAAACCAAUGUUCAGACCACUGAGAUGGACUUUAAAGUUAAUUUUUAGACUCUCACACGCUAAGUACAGAUAUGCUUCUUUUCUUUCUUUUUUCAUCAUUUUGUCAUUCUCUCCUGGAAUAUCAGCUGUCUUCCAUGGGAUUUUCCAUUUAGACCCUUCAGACUUGUGACUCAUGAACACCAGAACUCAUGACUGGAACAACAGAUGAUGUGAAUGUGCCUACCGUGCUUAUCAUCAUGUGAGACCCCACCUAGAAAAGCCAUGGAUUGGGCUUGAUGAAAUGUUUAAAGAUACUACUUUGCCAGGUUAUUUAGCUACAAGCUACCUCUUUGGACUUCAGAAAGCUGCCAUGUACUGUAUGUCCACUGAUGUUUGCCAACACAAAUGUAAUCUUACGUAAUUGCAAUCUGAGAAGCUCACUACUUUUAAGUCAUAUAGAGCUGGAAGUGCUUUUGUUUACUUCAGAUAUCUUUUUCUGUUAACGUUAACAUUUAAAAAAAAUAUGUAAGAUAAUGUCGAAUAAUAAUAGGCAUUGUAUAUUUAGUAAUAUUCAGAUUUAAACUUUGAAUAAAAAAAAUUAAGAA